AUGUUUCCCCACCAUGGUUUAUCCACCCGGCGGACUCGUCUCGCCUCAGCCUUGGCUCUGUACGCUCUGCUGACGCUGCACCUGGUGACCCCGGCUCUGUCGACCUGCCCGCCCCGCUCCUCCUGCCCCCUGUGCACACAGACUCGCGCCAUCUGCAAGCUGUGCCCGAAGGACGCGUCCAUCCCGGCCAGCGUGAAGGACUUGACCAUCCUGCGGGGCGGCUGCCGGGCGCUGGACACCUCGGGUCUCCUCAUGACCACGUCGCUGUCCCGCUACACCGACCUGGAGAAGCUCAAUCUGAACAACGCCAAUUUGAUGCACUUCUUCGGCGCGGUCUUCGAGAAGAACACGAACCUGAAGACGCUGGCCAUGGUCGGGAACAACAUCCGGAGCUUCGACUCGAAGACGUUCCGCGGCCUCGGCAAACUGGAGGAUCUGAACAUGGCGCGGAGCAACAUCAAACAGAUGCUGGCGGCCUCUUUUUCCGAGCUCACCUCGCUCAAGUCUUUCAACCUGGCUGGGAAUCUGAUCUCGAUGUUAUCUCAGGGUGUUUUUAACGGGCUGGCCAAUCUAGAGACGCUGUCCUUGACCUCUAACCCCGUCGCGAGCGUCGACUCUACCGUGUUUCAAGGUUUGGGGAAGCUCUCCUCUCUCCUGCUGAACGAUAUGAAACUGUCCACAGUGCCCAGUAAGCUGUUCUCCGGCCUGACGGCGCUGAAGGACCUUGACUUGUCCGGGAAUGAGAUCACGACGGUGGUCGCCGACUGCCUGGUGGGUACGUCCUUGGACACGCUUGACCUCUCGGACAACCUGCUGACCGCCUUCCCGUCUGCGGCGGUGCGCCGGGCGGCGGGGACUCCAGUGACCCUGAGCGUGGCGGGAAACAGAAUCGGUCAGCUGUCCGCCGCCGACGUGUCCGGCCUCCAGAUAGACAAGCUGGACCUGAGCGACAACCCGCUGGUCAGUGUGGCCUCGGGCGCUUUCCUGGGGUCAAAGGUCGGCUUGCUGGACCUGAGCAACACCAGCUUGAGCCGGUUGCCCGUGUCCAUGGAGGCGGCGCUUGGGUCCGGCGCGGUGGGUGCCGUUCGGCUGGAGGAGAACCUGGAGUGGGCGUGCGAGUGUGGCGCUCUGUGGCUGGGCCGCUACCUCCUCUCCCACCCCGCCAGCUCUACGCCGUCGUGCGGGCCCGCCUCCUCUUCCUCCAAGUACGCCGGCCAGACUCUCACACACGCCAUGCCGCAGCUGGAGGUGGACUGCCGAACCACCACCACCACAACCACAACAACAACUACCACAACGUCGACACCCUCACAGCCGCCAAGCACCCCGGCUCCAGUCAGCGACAGCCGCACAACGCCCACCACCACGUCAUCCUCGCCGUCGUCCAGCCCCACCACAGCCGUAGACCAGACGGUGAACGUGAUCGUGGUGGUUCUGAUAGUGCUCACCUCCCUGGCCCUGGCUCUGUCCCUCGUGGGUGUCAUGGCCGGCUGCCUGACGUGUAAGAAAGGUGAAGGUCGCCCCCGGACCUCCCAGGUGUCGGACGUUCCCGGCAACAGCAAGUCUGUGUGGGGGAUGGUCCUCACUGAGGGAUGA